CCGCGGAUUUUGUUGUGAAGGAAAGCAAUGCGGAGUUUGCACCUUUUUCAUAAUAGAUAAUUGAAUUUGUAUAUUUUAUAUCUCUUUUUAAUAUUACAUAGAUGUAUUAAUUAGUGCCUUAUUAUUCAAAUAUAAUAAUUUUAUAGUUUAUAAUAGUGCAAUUACAAAAUUUUUAAUUAGGUUAUACCGCUCCAUUGGUAGAUUCGUUUUACUGAUAUUAUCAAGCGUACUAUGUAUUAAUAAACAAAUUACUAUUGCGCAAUUGAAGUGAAGAGAUAAAGAAACGUUUAAGUAAUGGAUAUGCAAGAUGAUUGUAUUAUCGAAAAGGUCACCCCUUCGAAAGUGAGAAAGUUGAAACAAGCACGCUUAACAUUUGAAGUGUCAUCUCCUAAAACAGUAUCAAAUAAUGUUUUUUCAAAAAAAAGAAAAUUAGAAUCUCCAGAGGAAUGUAAAAUUCCCAAGAUUGUAAAGGUUACAACUAAGGGAGAAUCACUAGAAGAUUCCGAUGUGGAUAAUAUAAUCCCUAAUGAAAGUAACACAUCAUGUAGCAGUAAAACUGAUGUGGAAUUAAUAGAAAUAUCGAAUGAAGAAGAAGAGAUAAAAGAGAAAUUUAUGCAGCAUGACAAAGUUAAAAGUAAAAACACUUUAAAAACGCCAACAGAAACAUCAAAAAGUACAGACGUUAAGAGAAAUAAAAAAGUUACGCCAAAGCAAUUGCGAGUAGAUGAAGGUGCUAAAAAACGUAAAGAAAAGGAAAAGUUAAGAAUGGAAAAAGAAAGAAGACGUGAGGAAGAACGGAAGAAUAGACGAAAGGAAAAGGAAAAAAAGCAGAAAGAGAAAGAAGAAAAGGAAAAAGCAGAACGUGAACAGAAGAAAAAAGAAAGAGAACAAAAAGAACUUAAAAAACAAAUGGAAAUGGAACAAAAACAGAAAGAGAAAGAAGCAAAAGAGCAAGAACGUCGUAAAAGGGAAGAAGCUAAAGAAGAAGAGAGGAAAAAAAAAGAAGAAGAGAAAUUAGAAUCCGAACGUAAAAAGCAAAAAGCAGCUUCAAAUUUUGCUAGCUUUUUCGUUCCUAAAAAGCAGGAAAUUAAAAAUGCAGAGGAGGAGAGUAAUACGAACGUACAAACUUUCAUGCCUUUUGAGAUUAAAGCAGAUAUGAGGAUUGCACCAAUUUCUAGAAGAAGAUUAAAAAAAAAUGAAAUUUUAUUGCUAGACGAUAAGUUUAAAAGUGGGAGAGCAAAAAAUAAUGAUUUGUAUCUUGCAGAAAUGAAAGCUAAAAAAAUUAUUACACAUAAAUCUGAAAAAACUUGGCCACUUGAAGCAAAGGAUGAUGAUAUAAUUGUAUUAGAUGAAGAAGAGAAUGAUAGUAAAUCGAGUGUAGUCUUCCAGCCUGAAGUUGUCAUGGAUAAAAAUCGGCCAAAAUUAUUACAAUUUCAUGAAAAUCGUCGACCACCAUAUUGGGGAACUUGGAGAAAACAAAGCAAUAAUAUAAAUCCUCGUCGACCAUUUUCGAAAGAUGCGAAAUGGUUCGAUUACGAGGUCGAUUCCGAUGAGGAAUGGGAGGAAGAAGAGCCUGGAGAAUCUUUACAUGGUUCGGAAGAUGAGAAAGAUGAGGAAAAUCCGGAUGACAAUGAGUAUGAUGUUGACAAUGAAUUCAUGGUACCACACGGAUAUUUGUCCGACGAGGAAGCCCGACCUGAUGAGGAGGAAGACGAAAGUAUGACACCGGAAACUCAGAAGUUCAAGUUGAAAUUGUUGGGUGAACAAUUCGAGGCCGAAAGAAGGGCGAAAAUGUCCAAAUUGAAACCGAAAAUAAUCGGUUGUGUUUGGCUUGGUCCAGAUAAUAUUUAUCCUGAAAAUACUCCUAAGAAAGUCGUAGAGUUUUUGACAGCACGACAAGCUUGGGUAUCGCAAAUACCUGUCGUAUUUCCGUCCACUAUGAGAGAGAUUACUGACACCAAUAGCGGUACACCAUUGAAAAUCCAAACCACAGGAAAUACGAGGAAAACGAAAGUACCGGCAGAAGCGUUGGCCGACUUGAUUCGUUUAAUUCAUGGAAAUAUCCAUGGGAAAAAGUUCCUAGUAAAAGAGUUCCUCACUUUUUGGAACAAGAAAAAUGUAAGUAAAGACAAUCAGAUCUCGAAAGCUAGCUUAGGGAAAAAGAUCGGCGAAAUAGGAAGGUGGAUGUCCUGUCCUGAAGAAGGGCAGAUGCAUUUGAAGGCAUGUUGGUACGUUUCUGAGGAUAUUAGAAAGAAAUAUUUGGAUGUUGAUGAAAAAUUAACCCUACCGAAUCGUUGGACAUAUAAUUUAACACCUAAACGUAGAAGUGAGAUUUCGGAUAGCAAUGAUAAGCUAGAGAAACAGGAAAAAGAUAAUGAGAAAAAUAAGAAAAAGGUACCGCUUAUAACUCAAUUUACAAAGAAAAUUACUCAGGAGGAAAUGAAACGUCAACUUUCAGCCGAACCAAAACAAAUUAUAAAACCUACACCAAUAUUGCAAAGACCACCGAAACGAGCGGUUUUAAUUUCUAUCCCUAAGAAUGAAAAAAAGGAGAUAUCCCUGAUAAAUAUUAAAGAAUCUGAAAGUAAGAAAUCGGAUGAUAGUAAAAAGAAAUGAUAAAAUAUGUAUAUAAACCACCGAGUGAGCUAUUGCUACGUAUAUGCAUUACAUGUGCACAAAAAUGUAUUAGGUCAAGUAUAUAUACAUUGUAAAAAAAAAAGAGAAGAUCGUCAUGUAAUAUAGUAGACUGAAGAUGCAAUUUUUUUUUUUACUAAUAAUUCAUAGUGAUACCGUUCAAAAGUUCAUAUUUCAUAGAGACAUUUGCGUUAUCCAUUAUAUAUAUAUACGAAUUAUCUAUUAAUAUCACGAUUUUAUCUAUCGUUAACAUAUAAUAUCUACUUUUUUAAUAAAUGUCUAUGAUCGCGUUUGCAAAAAAUAAAUUCGUAUUUAGAUUGGUGUUUCUAUCUAUGAGAGACUAUCAUUGAUAUAUAAGAGAUUAUAUUUUUCGAUACAAAUAUAUUUAUUUGAUAGAAAUCUUUUUCAAACGGUAAAAAUUUUAUUGUGUAAAACGGUAAAAAUUUUGUGAUAUCUUAUUAUCGACUUGAAAAUAAUUAUGAUGUCAAUAAAGAAAGAAACAUUAAAGAAAGAUUACUAUUUUGUCACGUUAGUACAUGUUCCAAUAAUGAUAUUUUACUCUCAUAUAUCUUAAGUAUAUUAUUAACUUAAAAAUAAUAAUAAUAAUAAUAGUUACGGUUUAUUAAAUUUUUAUAAUCCGAUCACAUGCGGAAUACUUACCAUAUUUGGUAGUCGUACAUUCCUUUAGUUUCUAUAUGCAUAUACAUAUUUGUUUCCUCGUUAAUUUCAAUUAAUAUAUUCGAUCAUUAAUAUCGAAACGUCGUUUAAAAAGUGAUCAACCGAUACUGGAAAAUUCAUAUGAGCCGUAUUUUAAUAAGGACAUUGUAAACUUAAUAAAGUUUAUUUUAAUUUUGUAUUAA